CGGAGAAAAAACGUAAAACAUUCGCAAAGGUUGAAGCUUUUCCGAUUACAAAGAUCCAUCCUUUUUACUCAAAUGAUUUAAAGCAAGAGAUGCAAUCGAGACUCGUCGGAUUAGCUCCGGCGUUUUCUCUCUUCCCUAACCUAAACACACCUCACAAAACCUUCACUUUCCAUCAAAUCUUAGUUCUCAUCGUUACAUUCAUAGCCUAUGCUUCGUUUCACGCUUCUCGUAAACCACCCAGUAUCGUCAAAAGCGUCCUUGGACCACCUUCUCUUAAUUCAUCUUCAAUUGAUAAUGGAUGGGCUCCGUUUAAUGGAACCCAAGGAACCAAGAGACUUGGUGAGCUUGAUUUGGCGUUUCUUUCGUCGUAUGCUUUGGGUAUGUAUUUUGCUGGGCAUUUAGGAGAUAGGAUUGAUUUGAGAUACUUUCUUGUGUUUGGAAUGAUGGGUAGUGGGAUUCUUACUGUUGUGUUUGGUUUAGGGUAUUGGAUGAAUGUUCAUUUACUUUGGGUUUAUAUGAGUGUUCAGAUUGUUUGUGGUUUGUUUCAAUCUAUUGGAUGGCCUUGUGUUGUUUCUGUUGUUGGUAAUUGGUGUGGGAAAGAGAAACGUGGUUUGAUUAUGGGUGUCUGGAAUUCUCAUACUUCUGUUGGGAAUAUUCUCGGUUCGGUUAUUGCGUCUUCGGUUCUUGAUUUCGGAUGGGGAUGGUCUUUUGUUUUGCCUGAACCGGGUAAAGAGAUGGAGAUCGAGAUGAGUUUAGGUGAGAAUGUGGAGGAAAGUUUGAGGAAACAGGAAGCUGAGGAUGCAGUGCUUCUUGAAAACGUGGAUGAAUUGGAUGAUUCCUUGUUUGCUAUCGGGUUUCUCGAGGCUUGGAGAUUACCUGGUGUUGCGCCCUACGCUUUCUGUUUGUUUUUCUCGAAACUCGUUGCUUACACGUUUCUGUAUUGGUUACCAUACUACUUAAGGCACACAGCUGUUGCGGGUGUGAAUCUCUCCCACAAAACCGCUGGGAUUCUCUCGACAGUCUUUGACAUAGGAGGAGUGCUUGGUGGAAUAUCAGCAGGGUUCAUUUCCGAUAAAAUCAAAGCGCGUGCCCUCACAUCAAUCACAUUCUUGGCACUCUCCAUUCCUGCUCUAAUUAUGUACAGAAUCUAUGGGAGUGUGUCCAUGUUCAUCAACAUCGUCUUGAUGUUUAUAUCUGGGUUAUUAGUAAACGGUCCUUAUGCACUCAUAACCACAGCCGUUGCAGCUGAUCUCGGAACACAAGAUUCUAUUAAAGGAAAUGGCCGGGCGUUGGCAACAGUAACUGCUAUAAUAGACGGUACUGGUUCAGUUGGUGCAGCUUUGGGACCAUUGCUCGCUGGUUACAUAUCGAGCAGAGGGUGGAACAGUGUCUUUUUCAUGCUUAUUGUUUCAAUAUUCUUUGCGGGUUUGUUCUUGGUUCGGCUUGCAAAGGUUGAGAUCAAUAAGAUGAGGUCCGGAGAAUCGAUAGCGUCGAGUGUUCCUCAAAGCUGAUGAUUUUUGAUCCCAGCAGAUUGUAUACAAAGGUAGUAUCAGGUACAUAGAUUCAAACCAUACAAUACAAAUUGAGACACCACCUGAUUUGUUAUCUACCAUUUUAGUUUAGAUGAAGUAAAAGUCUACUAUUUUU